AUUCCCAGCAUACCUAGCCGAGGAGCAGAGGCCAACAAAAAACUUCGUUAAACCCCAGCAGAACUCGGGCGCGCGGCGGCGGGCGGCGGGCGUAGGCGGCGGGGCUCGGCGAGCAUGUUCGGCUGCGCCACUAGCGGUGAGAGUGCGGGGCGACGGCCGGCGGCUUGAGCGCGUGACUGAUUCAGCGGCCAAGCGGGGGACGCGCCGGCUCGGGCUGCGGUAAUUCCUCAAUCGCCCCUUUGCUUCGGCGCCCGAGAUUGAGAGCCCCCCACGGCCAGGCGCCGCAGGACCUCACCGGAGUGGGGCGCAUCAGCCAUUUCCAGCGGGGACAGAGCGACAAGGAGAGGUUGCCGGCUGCGAGCGGCGACAGCGGGCUGUCUCCCCUCAAAUCCUCGGCCUACACUGUUAAUCGAAGCUGUGCUAACUGGCUCAGGUUGAUUUUCCAAUAAAAGGAAAUUUUCAUGUAACUUGUCUUAUUAUUUCCUGGGUGGUCCUCACUGUUAACUUUUCAAGGAAGUUUGCUCCAUGAAGUACAAAAGUAGUGGACAUUCUUCCUUCUUCGGCUUAUGCUGUCAGUGUAAGGAGGGGAUUGGCGGCCCUCUUCUAUGCACCGAGCAGUGCUAAGUUUCAUGCGUCAAGCCCUUGUAGAAAGAAGCUACCCUCCGGCAUUGCGACUUUACUCUGUGGCUUGUUGCUUGAAGAGCUUAGAUCAUCAAGAACCUACUGGAAGCUUCUUUUACAGUGAGUAUAAAAACCAGUGUCUUCCUCCCUUGAUCACACUAGCAGUUCGUACAUCAAACUGGAACAAGGCCAGGAAGAUUACCUUCAGGGAGUGUGUGAAGUUAUAUGGGCUAUCCCGGUCAGUUGGGCUGUUUGCAUUGCUUAUGCAACCCUUCUUGCCGCGAAGAAUCAGAGAGAUCCGGUGCUUCAUGCAGAGCAUUGUUGAUUACUGUGGAAGUGCCGGCCCAGAGUUGUUUGAGUUGGCACCUAUUUUGGUCAGUAAUUUGGGUGGGUCAAUGACAUUACUACAAGUUCAUGCUACAGUUAUUCGGGUUUUUGUAGAGUUGUCAAUGUUUGAGGAUGCUCUUCUCACUUACAUUGAGGCCAAGAAGGUUGGAGUUGAGCUGCAGUUGUGCAACUUCCUGCUGAAGUGUUUAGUGGAGAGGAAUCAAAUCAUGUCUGCGAGGAGUUUGUUUGAUGAUAUGAAUACAUCUGGUCCGUCACCAAAUGUGUACUCUUAUUCAGUUUUGAUGAGUGCUUAUACACAUGGAGAUAGGUUAUGCUUGGAGGAAGCAUUUGAGCUUCUAUGUGAAAUGGAAAUGAAAGGCAUGAAACCGAAUGCGGUAACCUAUGGCACUUACCUCUAUGGGCUUUGCCGUACCAGACAUGUGUCAUCUGCAUGGAACUUUCUUCAAAUGCUUUGUCAGAGAGGCUACCCUCGCAACAGUUAUUGUUACAAUGCUGUGAUUCAUGGUUUCUGUCACGAGGAUCAGGUUCAGAAAGCCAUGGAGGUGUUUGAUGGGAUGAAGAAGGGUGGGUUUAUCCCAGAUGCCCAUAGCUAUAGUAUAUUAGUUGAUGGGUUAUGUAAGCAAGGGGAUCUAUUGGCAGGCUAUGACGUGCUUGUCGAAAUGGUAAGAAAUGGGAUUGCUCCUACUCUGGUCAGUUAUACUUCACUUCUGCAUGGUCUUUGCAGAGCUGGAAAGGUUGAAUUGGCAUUUGACCUGUUUAGGAGGCUCAAAGAACAAGGUGUCAAGCAUGACCACAUAGUUUACAGCAUUUUUCUUGAUGGUUGUUGCCAACAUUUGGAUCUAGAGGUUGUCUAUGACCUUUGGAAUAACAUGGUUCAUCAUAAUUUUAUUCCAGAUGCUUACAACUAUACUAGUCUGAUAUAUGCAUUCUGUAGACAUAGUUACCUCAAAGAAGCAUUGGGAGUAUUCGAACUCAUGUUUGAGAAGGGAAUAAGCCCGAACAUUGUGACAUGCACCAUUCUAGUUGACAGUUUCAGCAAAGAAGGGAUGAUCGAUGAAGCCCUCCUAUUCCUGGAUAAAGUACGCCAUCUUGGAAUUGUUCCUAACCUUUGUAUGUACAGAGUUAUCAUAAAUGGUCUGUGCAAGGUCAACAAAUGCGAUGAUGUGUGGGCCUUUUUUGCAGACAUGAUAAAAAGAGGCUGUGUUCCUGAUACUUUCAUUUAUAGUAUUAUUAUUAAUGGCUGUGUGAAAGCACUGAGACUUCAGGAGGCUUUCAGAUUGUUUCAUAAAAUGUUGGAUGAGGGUACAAAACCUAAUAUAUUCACAUAUACUAGCCUAAUAAAUGGUCUUUGCCAUAAUGACAGACUUUCUGAAGCUGUGACAUUGUUUAAGCAUAUGAUUUGGGAAGGAUUGACACCAGACAGGAUUUUGUAUACAUCUCUUAUUGAUUGCUAUUGUAAGCGUUCAAACAUGGAGGCAGCUUUGGAAAUUUUUAGAGAGAUGGAGAAAGGGGGCUUAUCAGCAGAUGCUUUUGUUUAUACUUGUUUAAUUGGGGGCUUCAGUAAAGUGCUUGCGAUGGAUGGCGCACAGUGGUUGAUGGAAGAAAUGAUAAAUAAGGGGCUUACACUUACUGUAGUAACUUAUACAGAUAUGAUAGUUGGAUACUUCAAAACUGGAGAUGAGAAGAAAGCUCAUAUGAUGUAUAACAGUAUGCUCCAGGCAGGCAUUACACCGGAUGACAAGCUGAGUAGUAUAUUGGGAUUUGGCAAUGAUGGAGAUAGUUUUCAGGACUCCCUGGAAGACAAGGAUAUAUCAUAAGUUUUCAUAUUGAGCUCUAUGGGUGAACGACUACUUUCAACAAUUCAUUGGUGGUGGAGAGGGAGAGCAGUUGAAAAACUUGGUAUACAGUGAGCAGCUCUCAGCGCUUGUAGCGAGCUUGUACAGGUGAUACUAGAAAUGCGAGGGCCAUGUGUAUCGAAGUGGCCUAAAGACAUAAGCACGCCUAUCCAUGUAUUCCUUAAGUUUUCUUAUUUGAUAGUCAAUUGACAAGCAUUUUCAUUGAGCUGAAAGCAGAGAGCAGCCGUGAUUGAUCAGAUCUGGCAUACAGCAUGUCAUUACAGACCCAGGAUCAGAUCUAGACUGGUGUCUGUGUGUCAUGUGAGCAGUGUUAGGCAGCAUCUAGGCAAUCUCAGAGAUGUAUAUGAUAACCCACAGUUCACCAGGGUUUCGUGUUACAUGGACUUCUGUGGAUGAACAUAUCAAAGACGAUCUUGAUCUUCAGAGUGCUGCUCAAGAGGAAGAGGUGCAGGCUAUUAUACUUGUAGCAGAAAGCAUGGGAGAAGGCACUCGGUGUGCUCUGAAUAGAAUUGUGCAGUUGAGGCUGAGAAACUUGGUGAAGACUACGAGCUCUGGUGUAUGGAACUUAGUAGAGUUUUCUAAGUGAGUUAAAAUGGUAGGCCAUAAAUGGCUCUGCAAAACUAAACGUAAUUUUGAGGGAGUUUUUGGGAGGCUCAAACAAUGGCCUGUAGCCACCAAAAGGCUCAUAAUAAAGAGAGAAGGGAUUGAUCACAAUGGCAUCAUCCUGUCUUGACUGAGGAAUUGUCACGAUGCUUGUGUUAUCACUCUGGCAUGCUUUUAUGCUGAUUGAAUUUUUAAAUAUCCUGCGUGGCUCAACAUGAAUGUUUUGUCAUGAAAGAUAGGAAACAUGGCAUGUUGUGAAUAAUUCAAGUUAUGAACUAAGUCAAGCGCUUAUACAAUGGUACCUUAAGUCUGCGGUGUGAGUUUCACUGCCUUUUGUGGAUGAAAUCUCAUUGGCCAACCAAGAGAUUUGAUGAUGCCUCAUGCAGUAUUUGUAUGGAGGUUCACCGGGACAUGAGUCCAAAAGGAGUAUAAGUCAUAUUGUAUUGAUAUGCACCGAUAGAGUAUGUAGGAAACACAUUAGGCUCAAGUACUCUGUCUCACCUGCUCCGAAUGUUAAGGGUGAUAAAAUUGUGACAUUUCAAUGACCGAGGAAUCAGUUAAAACUGACCUGAUAAUGCCAGUUCUUUAUGCUUCAGUUGUCAAAAGCACCAUAUGUAAUCAAAUAUGAACAUAUCCUUAUUUAUGUUGGGGAUACUCGGCAUACACUAAAUCUAGAAAUGUACACUACUCGAAAGCAGCCACCAAGUCUUGCAGUGUAUGCACAAUAAAAAAGAUUACACACUCUCUUAUAAGGAUACAAGUAACCUUGAAAUUGUAGGUUGGUCGGAAAUUGUUAAAUUGUUAUUUAUGUGAGGUGUGUGUGGAUAUUAUGAAUUCUACUCUACGUCAUGUUACAUCUCCACUCUUGUGGAAAGAGCUACAUCAUGGGAAAGCUCAAGAAAGGACAACCAUGGCAUCAUUAGUGAUGCAAACUAGUUCGUGUUAUGCUAAGAGGCUACCAGACAUGUUGUAUUCCGAAGGAAUUCUUUCCCCAAAAUUAAAAGUAGUAGACGACACCUUUAAACCAGUUAUAGUGAUUAUGAACACCCAAUGCUCUAUGCGAGUAAUAACAUGUCAAUUGUGUUAACAAAACUAUUGACACUAUAUUAAUGUUGUUGGAAGUAGAAUCCAAGAUUAAACAUAUGAUGUUUGUCUCAUAAGUUUUGUGGUUCAUCUUGCUAAAGGCUUAUC